AUGACAACAACAUGUGACUUCCAACGGGCGCUGCACUCGCCCCGACUCUUCAGAACAGCACACACGUCGCCGCACUCCCCGACGACACCGACAACUGCAACAAGUGCAACAACGAGAACUGCAGCAGCAGGUGGACGCUCCAGGAGCUACAGCCCACUUGCACGUCACCGACAAGCAUCCAAACCAAACACCCAGCCCGCAUUCUCCCCUAGCACCGCCGGCGCCAGCUUGCUGCAGCCACCCACGCCGCUGUCCGUGGCAUCGCCUGCCACACCGAGCCCGCUCCGCACCAUGCAGGGCACUCCACCAGCAGCAGCCGGCGACGAAGACACGGCGCAACACACUGGCGAACACAACGUUACCAGUAAUGAGGGCGACGAGGAGCCCGACGAGUUUCUGUCGCCAACUAAGUUCCUGCAACUGGUUGGCACGGAGGACAGUGACGGCGGCGAAAGCUCUGACACGAGUGACUCCGACAGUGAUGAAGAAAGCGAAGAUGGAGGCGAAGAUAUGAAGAGCGUUGACCUUGCGCGACACACUGACACCAGUGAACUCGGCACGCGGCAAGGCGAUACCACUGACCCAGGUGCGCGGCAAGAUUCACCACCACACAUGCAUCCGCGCAUCGAAGUAACAUCACCAACAUCACCGCCCGAUGCAAGCAGCGGCCUCGCUUCGGCCUCCCACUCGGGUGCGCAGCGCCAGUCGCACACGCCAGCAUCCACGCAUCGCCACCGCCGUCGCCGACACCAACACCAUCUCUUUACACCGCGGUCUCGGGCAGCAGCGCGCGCAGCAACGAGUUCCGGCCGCGAACGCAGGCGAUAUGGGCGUGUGAGCAUGCUGGUGCCCUCGCCACUGCAUGCACAGGGAACGCAGCGAGCCCCUGGCCCAGCAGCACCGAGAAUGCAGCGGUCGCCGCCCAAGCUGCGGCUGAUUACGGAGGAAGACGAAGGGCAGGAAGAUGGCUGUGAUGGCCGUGUCCAGGGCCACGGUGCUGUUGCUGGUGCUGUUGCUGGUGUUAGUGUUGGUGACGACGACAGUGUUGGUGCUGGUGUUGGUGGUGGUGUUCAUGGCGAGGACAUGCACAGUGUGCUGCGGGAGGUCUCCGUUGGUGACACUUUCUUCGAGGACGAACCGGGUGGAAGCCACACGGCCCAGCACACGGGUUGUUCUGUCGACAUCGCGUUCUCCUCGGCAGUAGCGCACAGGUUGGAAGGGGUGAAGGCCAGUGAAUCGUUUCUUGGGUUGCAUGUGCAGCAGCGGCAGCGGCGCCGACAGCUGAAGCAACACCAGCAGCACCGACCAGCUGUACAUGAGAGCGAUGAUGGUGACAGCGACGAUGAUCAUGAUGAUGACGACGGCAAUGCACAGGAAAGUACAAAUGAUGAUGAUCGGCAGGAAUGUGAAGUGAAAGGCCUCGAAAGUGCAGAAUUGGAUCCCACACAACAACAACAACAACAACAACAACAACGCCUGCAGCAGCAUGAUGGUUGGGCGCGUGAUGCGGGUGAUGAUGAUGAAGUGACGGCUGGCACGAUUGUCGUGGCUGUGCAGGCGACGGAGGCAAAGUCGCCGCUGCUUCUUGGAUGCCUGUAUUGGGUGCUGGGCACACGUGAUGCAAGCAGCAACAGCAGUAGCAGCACCACACAGGCGCUUGUGCAUCCAUGCAUCCAACAGCAAGCGGCGUGGCAGCGGCCGGUGUGGGUGUCGUGCCAUGACAUUGUCAACGUCAACAGCUGGCUCCAAUCUGUGACCACGCCAUAAGCUGUGCAAGCAGUUCUGGGCGUGACUUGCGCUCAGCUGCAAGUGGAAGACUGAGCUAUGCAUGUGUAUGAUUGUCUGUGCUUGGUGUGUUGAGCGCUGUUCAGGCAUUCCUUUGCUUCAUUUGAAUUGUCGAUGCACACAUGUGUAUGUUUGUGACACCUCAAUCUCUUCCCCGCCCUCCUUUCUCCCUCUCUUCAACUGUGCAUACUCACUACAGC